CCGUGUAACUUCAUCAUGGAGCAGGCUGGCGCUGACAUCUCGCCUCCAGCUCUUCCCUCCUGGAAGCCCAGCGCCAUGCAGGAUCCACCCCGGAGGCUCUCUGCUGUGCCAUUCCUCAGCUCCUUUUUCCAGGGCCGACGACACUCUGCCUCCGACCCCAUCCUGCGACUGCAGCAGGGGCGGCGCAGCUCCACUGCCAAGAUGCUCUCCUCAUCCUCUCUCCAGGUGAUGGUGGCCAUGUCCUCUGUCAGCUGUGCUGAGAGAAACCCAACUUGCCCCGAGAGAAAAAGAAAUUCAGGGCGUCCAACACCAAAGUAUACAAAAGUUGGAGAGCGUUUACGGCAUGUCAUUCCUGGACAUAUGGCCUGUUCCAUGGCAUGUGGUGGCAAAGCUUGCAAGUAUGAAAAUGCAGCCCGCUGGAGUGAACAGGAGCAAGCUAUUAAGGGGGUCUACUCAUCCUGGGUCACUGAUAAUAUCCUGGCCAUGGCACGCCCGUCCACUGAGCUCCUCGAGAAGUACUGCAUCAUCGAGCAGUUCCAAAGCCAUGGCAUAAAAAGUAUCAUCAACCUGCAGCGUCCUGGUGAGCAUGCCAGCUGUGGGAACCCGCUGGAACAAGAAAGUGGCUUCACAUACCUUCCUGAAGCUUUCAUGGAGGCUGGCAUUUAUUUCUACAAUUUUGGAUGGAAGGAUUAUGGUGUAGCAUCCCUUACCACCAUCUUAGAUAUGGUGAAGGUGAUGGCAUUUGCCUUACAAGAAGGAAAAGUAGCUAUCCAUUGUCAUGCAGGGCUUGGUCGAACAGGUGUUUUAAUAGCAUGUUACUUAGUUUUUGCAACAAGAAUGACUGCUGACCAAGCAAUUAUAUUUGUUCGGGCAAAGCGACCUAAUUCCAUACAAACCCGAGGACAGCUACUAUGUGUAAGGGAAUUUACUCAGUUUCUGAUUCCUCUUCGCAAUAUAUUCUCUUGCUGUGACCCCAAGGCACAUGCUGUCACCUUAGCACAGUAUCUCAUUCGUCAGCGGCAUCUGCUUCAUGGCUAUGAGGCACGACUUCUGAAACAUGUACCCAAAAUUAUCCAUCUCGUGUGCAAAUUGUUGCUGGACUUAGCUGAGAACAGGCCAGUAGUGACGGAAGAAGUGGCAGAAGUACCUGGCCUCUCUGCUGAAAUUGAAAAGACUGUUUCUGAGAUGGUCACAAUGCAGCUGGAUAAAGAGUUACUGAGACAUGACAGUGAUACAUCGGACUCUUUCACCCCCAAUGCAGUGGUGGCAGAUUUUGAGAAUCAGGAUGUGAUUCUUUCCAGUGAGCAAGAGUUUGACCCUCUUUGGAAGAGGCGGAAUGUUGAGUGCCUUCAGCCCCUGACUCGUCUGAAAAGGCAGCUCAGCUACAGUGACUCGGACUUAAAGAGAGCCGAGUCACUUCUGGAGCAAGGGAGGACUCCGUGGACAGUGCCUGCCCAGGCCGUGCUUUGCCAUAACCCCAGGCAGCAGAAGCACAUAAGCCAUUGUUACUCCCCACAGUCUCCACAGCUAGAUUUAAAUAAGGAAACGCUGGUCCGCAAUACAUUUUCUUUCUGGAAUCAUGCUAAAUUUGGAGGCCUGGAAGGACUCAAAGAUGACAGGUCAUCAAUUUUCCAUAGGACGAACAUUCCAAAGGAAGUACAGCGAAGUAGAACCUUCUCUUCAGGUAUUUCAGGUUCAUACAACCCUGGGGAACCAGUUACACCAAACUUUGCAAAUAUCCCUAAGGAACUAAACUGUUCUUACCAGCAAGUGUCCCACUGUGAGUGUGAAACUCAUGGUGGUUGUGGCCCAAGCUCCGUUGCGGAGGACAGUGAGACUUGCCGCCGCCCUGUGGACUGUGCGUCCAGUCCCAAAGCACAGUUCUUGGUUGGACAUGAAACCCGGGAUAGCAAAUAUCUGUCUGAAGUUGGUCCAUACACGGCUUUACAGUCUGACUUGAGUGUUGAAGCAAGGAGAAUACUGGCAGCCAAAGCCCUGGCAAAUUUAAAUGAGAUUGCAGAAAAGGAGGAAGUGAAAAAGAAGGUAGAAAUGUGGCAGAAAGAACUAAAUUCCCGAGAUGGAGCUUGGGAAAGAAUAUGUGGCGAAAGGGAUCCUUUCAUCCUGUGCAGUUUGAUGUGGUCUUGGGUGGAGCAGCUGAAGGAGCCUGUGAUAACCAAAGAGGACGUGGACAUGUUGGUUGACAGAUCUGCGGAUGCCGCAGAAGCACUGUUUUUAUUAGAGAAGGGCCAGCAACAGACGAUUCUUUGCGUGUUGCAUUGCAUAGUGAGCCUGCAGGUGAUUCCUGCCAACGUGGAGGAAGCCGUUCUUGCACGUGCCAUUAAAGCCUUCACUAAGGUUAAUUUUGAUUCUGAAAAUGGACCAAUAGUUUACAGCACCCUGAAGAAAAUAUUUAAGAACACACUGGAAGAAAAAAGAAAAAUGACAAAAGAUGGCCCUAAGCCUGGUGUUUAGUGAGGCUGACUUUCCCCUCGUGAAUAUUUCAGACCUGAAGAUCUAGAUGGCAUUUCUGCUCAUAGCUGAACAAGCUGAAAUGUGGAACUGCUUCGUCUCAUAGCACUUUAUUUCAGAUGCUCUUGGUUUGUGCUAAGAAUGCUUGUUCCUGUUUGGAGCAAUUAUUUAUUUUAAAAUAUCCUUGAGUUACAUUUUUGUGUUGAAAAAUUGCCAUAAAGU